GAAGGCUCUGUCCUCCAUGCCCAACUCUGAUUGGCUUAUAAUCCCGGAACAGGCGUUAACCCAGAGAAGGCAGUGGCAAGAUGGCCUCCCUGGAUCGAGUGAAGGUACUGGUGUUGGGAGACUCAGGUGUUGGGAAAUCUUCAUUAGUCCAUCUUCUAUGCCAAAAUCAAGUGCUGGGAAAUCCAUCAUGGACUGUGGGCUGCUCAGUGGAUGUCAGAGUUCAUGAUUACAAAGAAGGAACCCCAGAAGAGAAGACCUACUACAUAGAAUUAUGGGAUGUUGGAGGCUCUGUGGGCAGUGCCAGCAGCGUGAAGAGCACAAGAGCAGUAUUCUACAACUCUGUAAAUGGUAUUAUUUUAGUACACGACUUAACAAAUAAGAAGUCCUCCCAAAACUUGUAUCGUUGGUCAUUGGAAGCUCUCAACAGGGAUUCAGUGCCAACUGGAGUCUUGGUGACAAAUGGGGAUUAUGAUCGAGAACAGUUUGCUGAUAACCAAAUACCGCUGUUGGUAAUAGGGACUAAACUGGACCAGAUUCAUGAAACAAAGCGCCAUGAAGUUUUAACUAGGACUGCUUUCCUGGCUGAGGAUUUCAAUGCAGAAGAGAUUAAUUUGGAUUGCACAAAUCCACGGUACUUAGCUGCAGGUUCUUCCAAUGCUGUCAAGCUCAGUAGGUUUUUUGAUAAGGUCAUAGAGAAGAGAUACUUUUUAAGAGAAGGUAAUCAGAUUCCAGGCUUUCCUGAUCGGAAAAGGUUUGGGGCAGGAACAUUAAAGAGCCUUCAUUAUGACUGAGUUACACUCGUCCUUGGAAGAGUGAGCAAGCAGUGGCAGUCUUUCACAGCUUUCCUCUUGCUGUGUCAAUUAUUACCAUCACAGCCUUUUAACAAAGUAGUCUUAAAAUGCUACCCUUCAGCCUCACCCUUUAAUGGAAAAAUGAAAAGUAGUGACAACAUGGGAGGUCCAAACUUUGUUCCUGUUCUCUGUAUUCCUCACCUUUCUGUCCCUGUUUAUAGAUUAUGUAAAAGCCUUGUGGAAAUAUGAGAUGUUGUCAAAAUGAUGCAGUAAAUGAGCAAUGACAGUAUACUGCAAAGAAAAUUUACUCUUGCCUAGAACUGGAGGGUUUUUAUGGGUCUGUAAUUUUCCCACACUCCCUGCUGAAGGCUUAAGUACUUGAAAAAGUGUAUCUCUAUUGUUUUACCUUCUUGAGGGGAAAGGUCUUGUUAACCAGCCCGGAGUUGUCCACCCCAAACAAUCUCUGUCAUUUUCAAAGAUGCAAAAUGGUGUUAUUUAAUUGUCUCUACCCUCAUCACACACAGAAAUGUCUAAUAAUAGCAACCCUAUCUCCCUCUUCUCUCCUUUGCAAAUGGCUCAGUGACUGGAAGAGGCAGACUAAUAGCUAGAGUUAAAUAUAAAUACAGAUUAAUAAUACAUAGAGAACAGCAAUACCAGAAAAAAAGAAUUCUGGUAAAAUGAUGUGAAAAAUUGACAGCUCCCUUACUCUUCAGGUUGCUACUGUCUGUAGUCUCUUGCUGUUUUGUUUGGAAAUAGGAAGGGUAAAAUCUAAGACCUGCACAAGGGCAGUGAGACACAUUUACAGCCUCCUCUCCAUUUUUUUUUUUUUUUAAGGAAAAGUCAACUCCUGAAAUGUUCCUUGGCUAUAGUCAGAAAACUAAGAAUAUUAUUCUUGUGUCAACAAUUUUUUAUGGAGAGAAGUAAAAAUAAGUUCCACAGCAACACAUUUACAUGAAUUAUGAACUAGGAUUCUUGGAUUUCAUAAUCACUUCAAAGCUUUUUGGGGGUGGGGGGGGUGUGGUGUGUGUGUCCCCAUAAUAGUUCAUCAUUACUUUCUCCAGCCUUUCUUUACUUCCUCUUUGAAAGGACCUACCCCUGGUUUCUUUCUGACACAAAGAAGAGCUAUGCAAAUCAUGAUCUGUAUGUAGAAUUGGUCAUAGUAUGCUGUGGCAUAGGCUGUAUAGUUGGUAAGUAGAAACCAAGUGUUUCACAGAGACUUAAACCAACUAAAGCUCUUUGUAUUUCUCUUUAAAAAAUAAAUUAAAACCCCUUCCUUCCCUCUGCUCUCUUCCUCUUUCAAUGAAAAAAAAACAAUUAUCCUGAACUUUUUAUUUUCUAUCUUAUAAAAAAAAAAAAUAGGCCGAGCACAGUGGCUCAUGCCUGUAAUCCCAGCACUUUGGGAGGCCAAGGUGGGUGGAUCACUUGAGGUCAGGAGUUUGAGACCAGCCUGGCCAACAUGGCGAAACCCCGUCUCUACUAAAAAUAUAAAAACUAGCCAGGCCUGAUGGUACACGUCUGUAAUCUCAGCUACUUGGGAGGCUGAGGCAGGGGAAUCACUUGAACCCCGGAGGUGGAAGUUGCAAUGAGUUGAGAUUAUGCCAUUGCACUCCAGCCUGGGUGACAAAGCAAGAAUCCAUCUAAAAUAAAUAAAUAACAAAAAAGUAAAUCAUUGUUGAUGGUUCCAGGGUCAAGGUUCCAGGAAUACUGGAAAAAUUAACAGUAUUCCUCAACUCCAUUUCUUUCUGCAGCCAAGCCUGAUUCCUUGAAUUAUAGUUUUCUAAGAAAAAGUCGUUUUUAAUAAUCUAAGGUAAAUUUGUUGCAGUUAUUUUUUGUUUGUUUUUGUGUUUUGUGUUUUUUUGUUGUUGUUGCAGUUAUUAGCAGCAGCAUAAUAAGGCUUUUCACCCAAAUGAAUGUUAUUAGUUAGAUUUCUUCAAAAAAGAAUGUUUUUGAAGCAUACUUUUUGCUAGGACUUCUUGAGAACUACUCAUAAAAAAUGCUUUUAGAUAAUAAGUAUACAUGUCAAAAUAUAUUAUUUUUUAAGUAUAAUUGUCCAGGUGCUGUGGCUCACACCUUUAAUCCCAGCACUAUAGGAGACCGAGGUGGGAGGAUCACUUGAGCCUAGGAGUUUGAGGCUGCAGUGAUUCAUGAUUGCACCACUGCCUUCCAGCAGCCUGGAUGAUGGAAUGACUCUAUCUCUUUACAUAUGUGUAUCUUACUCUCUUGAUGGGACAAGUUGGUAGCAAUAAAGAUUGUUUUUUCAGUUGUGA